UCCAGCAGCCAGGAGCAGAGGACACUGGGUAUGGGGCUGCAGUGUUUCAGCUACUGGUAUGGUGUAGGACGACGGCCUGAAACCACAGCGAUGAUGAGCCUGCUCAUGAGUUUAUGUUGCAUGCUCCUCAACCUCAUGACAGUCCACAGCCGUGUGGUCAGGCAGGGUCGUAUAGUAGGAGGUCACACUGCUGUGCCAAACUCCAUCAAAUACAUUGUAUCACUGCAGAGCACCAGGGGCCAACACUUCUGCGGCGGAUCCCUGGUCCACAGGUACUGGGUGCUGACAGCAGCGCACUGUAACAUCGGGGCAGAGCACAUGAUGAUAGUGGCGGGCGACUACAUUGUAAAUACCUUUGAGGGUACUGAGCAGUACGCUAAACCCCGCAGGGUGGUCACCCAUCCCCUCUACAACAGGAGCACCAACAAUGCUGACAUCAUGCUCAUUAAGUUGCGGGCCCCCAUGGUGUUGAACAAAUACGUGUCGCUGGCGCCUCUCCCCAGGCAGGGCACAGGAGUGAUCGAUGGCGUGGUGUGUCGGGUGUCCGGGUGGGGAUACAACAAUCUGGGUGUAGGCCAGGCCCCCUUCACCCUGAGGACCGUCGCUGUGCCAAUUGUUUCAACUGCAAGGUGUAACAGCAGCGAGUCCUUUAAUGGAAACAUCACGGCAAACAUGAUCUGUGCUGGCUACAGGAUCGGAGGGAAAGAUGCAUGCAAGGGAGACUCUGGUGGGCCACUGGUGUGUAGGGGGUAUGUCUACGGCGUGGUCUCCUGGGGCAACGGCUGCGGUGAUCCUAAGUUUCCGGGAGUCUACUCUGCCGUGUCCAAGUUUCGCCGAUGGAUAGACCAAACUAUUUACGGGUUACACACACGCUGUAGCAAAUACUGAUGAACAUAAUGAUAAACCAACAUGAUGUAUGUGAGAAAAUGGUCAUUCCCCUGAACAUUUCUGUGACCAAAGGUGGUUAUGUGGAAAAUAUGCAGAGCUAUCUUUUUUCUGAUAAUAUUUUCGAUAUCAAUAUAAAGGAGAUGCAUCCCAUAUUCUGAAUGAUCCACCUGUGGCUGGUCUCUGACUGCUACAGAAUGUAUGACCCACUACAGUGAGCACUUUAUAAGCCUCCUGUGUAUAUA